AUGUGCCUUAUCAACAUCAUCCACUUCUCCCACCACCACGACUUCUCCCCUCCCGUCCAAACACCCAACACUAACUCCUCCUCCUCCUCCUCUUCCUUCUCCAUCUCCACCACAUGCAACAACUACCACCUUUCCAACCCUACUAGACUAACCGAACAGGAGGAACUCAUGUCCCUCCAACGCCUGCCUCAACACCACUUCGUCCCCUGCCCGACCCACACCAACAAUCACUGCGUAGUAUACAAGCAGACGAUGCCGUGUCUCUUGCAAAGGUUCCAUUCUUCUUCUUCUGCUGCUGCCGCGGAAGUCAAUGCCAAUGCUAACGCUGAUUCCGAGGAAGGCGAAGGUGGCAUAAACGUACUAUCAACCUGUCCAAACCUGCAACUAACAAACGAAUAUCACCCCCUGAGUUUACUUCUUGCUGACAACAACAACACCGAGUCCAACUCAAUCAUCCCAGGACCCAUCCACCGCUUCCAAACCAGUGACACCACCACCACCACCACCACCACCACCCUCUCACAAGCAAAAACCACCCUCUUAUCCACCGCAGACGAAAUCCACCAACAAACAGUGGUACUAAACACCCACAUCCUCGAAACAUGUUCACUUUUGACACCUUUGUUCCAAAAGCUUGCUGCUGUUCAUACUACUCACACUACUCAACCGACGACGCCCCUACUCCAACGGGCGCAAACCCGCGCUCUGUUUAUGCAGUUGGAGUCGGAGGUACCACUCCAGCGCGCAAGCGAGCUAUGUCAGGCAAUCAACCAAGCCGAGGUAAAAAUCCGUGAGUUGUUCAAGGUCUUUCUGCAGAGACGUAAGAGUAUGUCUGAUUUGCUUGUGGCUGUCGAGAACAAGGAGGGUACUGAUAGUGCGUAUACUAUCAGCAAAGCGAGACGGGAUCUAAGGGAGUUGUCGGUUGCGAAUAUACGGGAGGUGUGUGAGGAACCGGUCAGAAGAGGGAGGGAGGUGGUGGGGGAGGUGGUGAGGGUGUUGGAGGGUGUGGAGAGCAUGCUGGGGGUUUAGUAGUGUAGAGGGAGGUGAGUAUAUUGAUAGAAGUGGGGAGGAGGUGAGUAUCUAUAUUGAUAGAAGUAGGGAGGGGAUAGGUAGUUGACAUAAGCUGGCGAAGCAAAAUAGAUGAACUGAGUAACAAUGUGCAAACAAUGGACUGUGAUGUGACUACAUGUAGGUACUUGACGGGCAAAGUAAGCAUUGUCGUCGAAGAAAAUGGGCAGAGUAACGGACCGGGAACUACCUUACACAAGAAGCUGCGUUCGGAGUGUCUAACGACCAGAGUUAUGGUACACUAAGUCUACCACCCACCAGUAGGUAGAGGUACCUAGUAGGUAGGUAAGAAGGAACAUGGUGCGCG